AACCGCCAAAAUGGUCUUCGCCUGGAAAGCCGCCGGUAUCACUUACAACCGCUACCUCGCCGUCGCCUCGCGCGUCGUGCGCCGCAGCCUGAAGGAGGACAAGAGACUCGUUGCCGAGCGUCGCGGCGAGAUGGAACUCCGUUUCGCCAAGUGGGAGAACGGCAAGCAGGGCGAUGUCAAGAACCUUGCGGAGGCCACCGUCAACGUCCCUCCUCCUUCUUCGUAAACUUCCGAAUCGACAAUUGAAGCACGUGUGAGAGAACAGAGGGAAUUGCAUCCAAGGGUUAUCGAGGGAUAGAUGGGGGAAAUGAUGGGGAGUGAAGACACCUCUCCCCGGGUACCCGCCGGCUCAAUAUGACAGUUGAGUUGCUGUAUCAUAUCAAAAACUAGGCAUAAAAUCUAUCAAUCGAAAUGCCAUGCUAAGA